AUGUUCUAUGAUCUCAACGUCCCGUACAGCCCGGAUGAUCCCGAGAUCUCCCACACUCUAAAUUUCCUAGCAGAACUGGGUUACACAACGGUCGCUCUAUCCCAAACCAUCGCGGGCAAACUGCCCACCGAUCUCUCACCACCGCCGACACCCGCGAACACCCCCAAGGGCCUGACACUCCUGACCCGCCUGAACCUGACCUUUUCCGACCCCGCGCAGAACCAGCGGCUCAACAACCUGGCGCAGGUCUAUGACCUCGUCGCGGUCCGCCCCACCAACGAGAAAUGCCUCCUGAACGCGUGCACCAACCUCGACUGCGAUGUGAUCUCGCUGGACCUCUCCGUGAGACACCCGUACCACUUCAAGUUCAAGAUGCUCUCCGCCGCCAUCGCACGUGGGAUCCGUCUUGAGAUCUGCUACGGCCCGGGCGUCACGGGGAGCGGGCCCGACGCGCGACGGAACCUCAUCGGCAAUGCGAUGUCCUUGAUUCGUGCGACGCGUGGUCGCGGCAUUAUCGUCUCGAGCGAGGCUAAGCGGGCGUUGGGGGUGCGCGCGCCGUGGGAUGUGAUCAAUUUGACGUGUGUUUGGGGCUUGUCACAGGAGCGGGGGAAGGAGGCGAUCUGCGAAGAGGCGAGGAAGACGACGGCGCUGGCUAAGCUGAAGCGCACGAGCUGGCGCGGGAUCGUGGAUGUCGUGGACGGGGGAAAAACUGUCGAACGGAAGGGCAACGCGCAGAAGGGUCAGAAGGCUGCGGGUAAACAGAAAGGCGCACCGGUCGAGAACAACGGCGAUGGAUUGAAAAGAAAGGCGUCUGUUGGCGCGGACACUACCACCGAUGAGCCGGAGAAGGCUCUGUCUAAACGGGAAUUGAAGCGUCGGGCCAAGAAGGCACGCUUAGCAUUGGGGGAACCGGAAGGCGGCUCGGAGACUCCCGCUGCUGGCUAA